AUGCUGAAUCAAUCAUCAGCGUCGCUGAUGAACGUCACCUCAUCCGUGCCCAUGCAGCCCUCCGCCUUGGUACAAACCAGCGGCGACAAAUACAUCAUCAACACCGGCGCGGGCCUGACGAUCAUCACGAGGCAGGCGUCCUGCGACUUCGUGGUCAUCAACUACAAUGACCAGGAGCCACGUCAACACGGAUCUCGGCCAGGCAAAGUCGUGAUUCAGUCCCUCAACGACGUCAAGAAGCCCAUCAACGUCAACUGCAAGAAGAGGGUCAUCGAGGAGUCCUACUCCUUCUGCCUCAACAAAAACGUCGCUGGCAUAACGGCCAUUGAAGCCACGGAUGUCGUCACAAACGCGGGAGGCACCACCCGCUCCAAGUACUACCCGGGUUUGUCCUUCGUCGACGACGCCGUCCAUGGCGUCAACAGCACCGCUGCCGGUCUCUACCUCGUGAUCUCGGAGCAGGGCUACGAAACGUCGAGCGGUGGACCGUUCUUCCGUGACAUCAACAACAAGCUUGGCGCCGGCCCUGAUGUCUCAACCCUCGACUUCAGCUUCUUCCAGGACCAGGAGCUCACGGGCUUUGUUCCGGAUGCCAAGUGUGGCGAGGUGGCCGGUACGAUCACCGACGCCAACGAUGUUUUGGGCGACUCGGAAGUCGUCGUAGUAUUCUCCAACGCUGACGCGCAGUACUGGGUCAAGGUGCCCGCAUGUAUCAAGACGUUCACGUCGCCCAAGAUGAAGCCCGGUACCUACUAG